AUGAUUGAAUCAUGUUCUAAACAACGCAUGCUUCUUGGGAUCAUAUGUCUUGGAGGGUUAACCAUUCUGGUGCUGGUAAUAGAAAGCAACUGGGCUGUUGGUAACGGAAGAACUAUACGAGUAGUCGAGAAGAACGCUUCAGGAGCUGAGUUUUGUUGGCUGACUGAAAACUUUAAAGUUGUCGAGGAGUGUCACCCUUGCACAGACUUUGAAAUUGCCAGUAAAAGCAACAGAAUCUGCAGCGGAACACAUUUCAAAGAAUCGGUUAUCUGUGAAAAGUCAGGCAAAGUGUUUCGAAGUUGUGAACGAGUGACCUGGCUAGAAGAAAAGAAGUUCUGGCAGUUUGAGGGGUUCAUGUUCAUGGUUGGCUGCUUUUCUACGGUGACAGUCUACCUCAGACAGCGAGUGCUGGACUAUCGCACACUCAAACGUAUCCACAGACAGAUAGCCAAUAGUGUCUAA